CUAAAUCAAUUUAUAAACCAAAGUGCACGGAAUACCAAAAAUAAAUUCCUGGAAUCUUUUAUCUGUAGCAUCCGGGUUUCUUAUCAAGGCAUGAAUUCGUUUAAUAAGCCAAGACUCUCUGUGGUUACAAGAUGGAUAACAUACAUGUGAUAUUUAGUUUAAUUCUGAUUUGCGCACUUCACGAGGUAAACCUACGUUCCAUUGACCAAUUUAUCGAAGAUGCAGAAACAGAAUAUAACAAGGGUAAUUCUGGUCCUACCAGCAGACUUCCGGCAAAAGUUUGGUAUGAUUAUGAAAUGGCUGGACGUGAAGAGAAACUAGUGAAAGUACAACUUGACCUGGUGCUUACUAAAGAUCACUGGGACAAUGUCACUGACACUAAUAUUGCACUUCCUAGCAGGCAGAAAAGAAACGCAGUAAAGGAAAAACUGAAAUUGUGGCCACGUAGAAUUCCGUACGACAUUGACGAAAAGUUUGAUAUAGAAGAUAGACUACUGUUGGUUUUGGCAAUGAAACACUGGGAAGAACACACUUGUCUGCAGUUUGUUGAGGCUAAAAAGCAUGAUUAUGACGUAAUUCAAUUCGUUCCGGAUCCGUCAGCGUGCGAAUCUUUACUUGGACGAAUGCAGGGUAAACAGCCGAUAAACCUAGCGCCCAACUGCAUGCAUGGAGCUGUUAUAGUGCACGAGAUAGGACACGCGCUAGGAUUAUAUCACGAGCAUAUGCGAGCUGACCGUGAUACUUACGUCACCGUAAACUAUGAAAACAUUGACGAGAAUUAUCAUCCACAAUUUGACAAACUAAAAUCGGGCCACUAUUACAGUUAUAAUAAACCUUAUGACUACGAAAGUAUAAUGCAUUAUGGGAAACUGUAUUAUUCUCGAAACAGACGUGAGGAGUUAUUAACAAUUGAACCAAAGAAUGCAUCAUAUCUAAACACUAUAGGGAAUGCAGAGUCACUUAGUUUUUAUGACGUCCAGAUUGUUAGCGAAAUGUACGAGUGUUCACGCGGAUGCAUACCCAAGCAGUGUCCGGGGAACGGGUUUCUUGGCAAGAAUUGCGAGUGUUACUGUCCUGGUGCCAACAUGUAUGACAUCAUCUUGUGUGAUGAAAAAGAGAAAUGUGGUCACCCAAACAUAAGUCUUUCCGACUACUUCGUUUUCAUCAUAAAUACUGACGUAAACGUUACGGAAUGGAGCAACGAAACAUUUUAUAAUGCCGGAACGACUUUUGUUGUUCAGCAUAAAAAAAACAUUUCUUGUGGACUAGAAACGUCAAACUUUAAUUGCACAGACGGACAAUGGAUGGGCGAAUUUCCACCGUGUGAAAAAGCUUGUGUAGUGGAGGAGUUCAGUGAUGAUUAUUCGGUGAUAAACGACGACACUGGAGAAAUUGCAAAACCUGGAGAAACGGUUGUAUCAGCAUCCGCGAUUUAUGUGAGCUGUAAACAGAAAAGAAGAAAAGAUGCUUUCCCGGACGAGUUUUAUCUUGAAUGUUCUGAUGGUAAAUGGAGUAAAAAUAUAAGCGACAUUGAAUGUCAACCUUGUGUAGUGGAGGAGUUCAGUAAUGAUUAUUCGGUGAUAAACGACGACACUGGAGAAAUUGCAAAACCUGGAGAAACGGUUGUAUCAGCAUCCGGGAUUUAUGUGAGCUGUAAACAGAAAAAAAGAAAAGAUGCUUUCCUGGACGAGUUUUAUCUUGAAUGUUCUGGUGGUGAAUGGAGUAAAAAUAUAAGCGACAUUGAAUGUCAACAACAACUUUGCACUAUGGUAUUAAAUGCUCAGAUAAAAGGAACGUUCGAUGAAGGGUUUACAGUCACGUGUUUUCAAGGAUACGAGCUUGAAGAACAAGGUGGACCAGGAAACAAAUUCACGUGUUCUUGGGGAGGAAUAUGGGAACCAGUCACGCCUAAGUGUAACCCAGCCAGCUGUAUCGUACCAGAUGUUAGUAACAGUAAGUUUUAUGGUAAAAAUGGGGAUGUGUUCAAUGGAGCUGAUGUCAUAGUACACGGAAGUGACGUCACACUUAAAUGUGAUAGAAGGUAUAUACCAGUGGAGAAGAAACUACCUUGCAGCUUUGGAAAAUGGAUGACCAGUGACGGGCAAGUUCCGAAAUGCGAAUUAGCAAGCUGUAACGUACCACCAAUUAACGAUGGCACUCUUUAUGCCACAAAUGACGAGGUGUUCAAUGAUCCUGAAGUCUUACACGGAAAUGACGUCACGCUCAAAUGCAAUAAAGGACAUGUGCCAGACGAGGCUACUUUAACAUGCAGACACCGUACAUGGAACACGAAAGAUGGCAUAUUUCCAAAGUGCAAUUUAGUUGAGUGCCCACCACCAACAGUUGUCAAGACCAGAGGUUACAAGCCUAGGAAAGAUAAAUACAUAUACGGCGACACAGUUUCCGUUCAUUUUUGUCAAGGAUCGCUUUUCUUAGAGGGAAGCUCGAAGCUUGAGUGUCAAAAGACUGGGAACUGGUCUGACAGUGCAAUCUGCAAACCAUUUUGUAGCCAAGCUGAAAAGUUCAAAAUUAAGAAAAAUAUGGCAAUCCAAAAAGGUGUGAGGUACAAAAAGUUGGGUCUUGGGUCCUACGCCGCCUGUGAACGGGCCUGUAAAAGCUUUAAAAGAUUCUUGUGUCUCUCGUUUGUAUACGGCGUGAACAACGGGCAACAUCAGUGUAAGCUCUACCGGUGGAAUGCAGAAAAAAUACCCCACAUCAUGGAAAAGAAAUCGUUUUGGACAAUUGGAAUCCGAACAUGUGCCAGCAGGCAAUAAUAGGACAGUUGAAAACCAGUGACUAUGGUAGACAUGGUGAUCGUAAUAAACAUAAUGAGAUUGUUGCUGUUGUUGUAGUACGAGCAUAGUCCUUCAAUUACAAGACAUUUGACAUUACAGAAACUUUUAUGUGUGUGGAAUGGUGUGGAUUGAUAUAACGUUGUGUUUUCACGUUAACGUCCUGCAUCACAUACACUGUACAUAUUUUUUGUCAUCUUUUCUUCUUGUUUGACGAAGACAUGUACAAGCAUUGAAAGCGCUGAGAGAAAUAAACGUAUAGAAAAUAAACGAAA